AUGUGGACCAUGGCGCUGCGAGUAGCAGUCUUUGCCGCACUCUUUGCAACGGCAACCCCUUUUGCUCCAAGAUCCCCAGAGCCUUUCAUCCAAGAGUACGUCCCGGGUGCCUACCUCUUCGAGCUCGAAGAUGGCCACGAUGUCUCGGCCUUGCACGACGGCAUCGAGACGCACGGCACGGUGCGGAUGCACCUCGACUUCAAGCUCUUCAAGGGCGUCUCGGUGCAGCUGCACGACGUCCGGAACGCACACACUCGGGCAAUGGCCAUGGCCAGCGCCGCCGCGCCCGCAGUCAAGAAUGUCUGGCCCAUUUCGAUAUUCAAGCACCCUGGCGGCGACGUGCAGGUCUUGAGCAACCCGGGCGGCCCCGUUCUCGUAAACGAUACGGACGACCAGGACGACAUAUGGUCGCCGCACAGGAUGACGCAGGUCGACAAGCUCAAGGCAGAGGGCAUCACGGGCAAGGGCAUCAAGAUUGCCGUCAUCGACACGGGCAUCGACUACACGCACCCCGCACUGGGGGGCUGCUUCGGCAAGGGCUGCCUCGUCUCGUUUGGGCGCGACCUCGUGGGCGAUGAAUACGCCGGGCCAGGGGAUGAGCCCGCGCCCGACGACGACCCGCGGGACUGCGAGGGUCAUGGAACGCAUGUGGCGGGCAUCAUCGCGGCGCGGCCAAACCCCGUGCGCUUCACGGGCGCUGCUCCGGGAGUCUCCCUCGGCGCAUACAAGGUGUUUGGAUGCAACAGCGACACGGCUCUCGACGUCAUCAUGGCGGCGUUCCACAUGGCGUACGAGGACGGCGCCGACAUCAUCACGGCAUCAAUAGGCACCUGGAGUGGCUGGGCCGAGGAACCCCUAGGCGUGGCCGUCUCUCGCAUCGUCGAGCGCGGCGUCCCCUGCGUGGCCUCGCUCGGCAACGACGGCCUCCUGGGCCCCUUCUUCACCGUAAGUCCGGCCGAUGCCAGGGGCGUCAUAGCCGUCGGCUCGUUUGAUCCCGUCUUUGACCCGCUCAUCCUCUCCGUAUCGCGGUAUUCGGUCGACGGUGGAGAGCCGCAGGUGUUUGGCUACCUGCCCGUGUACGAGCCCCCCUCGGUCCCAGGACAGAACACGUGGGACAUCAAGCUGCCUCUCUAUGCCACGAGCCUGAACACGUCCGUCGCCAGAGAUGCCUGCGAUGCCUUGCCGGACAACACGCCGGACCUGAGCAACAUGGUGGUUCUCAUGCGUGACGGCGGGUGCCCGCCUUUUACAAAGGCUCAGAACGUCAUCGCCAAAGGCGCCAAGUACAUGCUAGUCUAUGGUGGCGGCCGCUCCAUCUACCCGAUGCUCACUUUUCCGGUCGGCACGGCCAUCACGGGCGCCGGCAUGGUGCUACCCGAAGCAGGCGAGGUAAUGGUGGCGGCUUUAAAGGCCGGGCACAAUGUCACCGUAGACAUGGCUUCCCCGGGCAAAGCCGGCUACGUGCUCUUCAAGAUUAAGAAGACGAGCACCGGUGGCCGUGUUGCCGCGGAGUCUACUUGGGGCCCCGACUGGAGGAUGGAGAUGAACCCGACGGUCGGAACGCCGGGCAACGAGAUCGUCUCAACGUGGCUGAACAACACUUAUGCCAUCCGUUCUGGCACCUCCAUGGCGACGCCGCUGAUGGCGGGCAUCAUGGCCCUCAUCGCCGAGUCGCGUGGUACUCUUGACCCAGCGCUGAUGAUGAAGCUUCUGUCCGCCACGGCAAAUCCGCAGCUGUACAACGCCGGGCACGGGUUCGUCGAGGGGCAGCUCGCUCCGGCGUUCAGUCAGGGGGCCGGCCUCGUCCAAGCCCACGAUGCCGCACACGCAGCGACCAUUCUAGAGCCGUCGAGCCUUUCCUUUAAUGACACCACCCACUUUCAGGAGCGGCUUAGCUUUUUCCUAUCCAAUAGGGACACUCACGAAAUCAUAUAUACUGUAUCUCACGUCCCGACCCGGACCGUGUAUACCCUCUCGGAGACGUACUCGGUAGAUCCCUCCCCGAUGGUUACGCCUUACGCGUUCGUUGACAGCCACGCCACGCUGGAGUUUUCAGACACAAAAAUCACGCUCAAGCCCGGUCACCGCAAGGAGGUCUCCGUCACGGCGCAACCGCCAAAGGACGUUGACGCAAGGCGCCUCGCGCUUUGGUCCGGCUACAUUGCCAUCAACGGCACGGACGGCACGUCGCUGUCCUUGCCGUACCAGGGCAUGACGGGCUCGCUGCGCAACGCGACCGUCUUGGGCCCCAACGGGACUGUUUUCGUCGCCCUCAAGAGCAAGAGCAACCGAUGGGUACCGGUGGUCCUGGAGCCCAACAGCACGGUCACCCUGCCGCCACCCGGCCAGUGGAAGCUCGGCGACGACGUGUUCGGCGUAGCCGUGAACAACGCCCUGGGAAGCCCGCAGAUCCGGGCAUACCUGGUUCCGCUGACGACGUGUCCCCCGAAAAACCUCACGGUAGACGACCCGCUGGGCAGCGGCAAAUUCAAGACGAUCGGCCAGCCUUACGGGAUGCCCAUGCGGUGGGUCGGGCGCCAGGGGCAUCUGAUACCCUUCGACGGCGGUCUCGCGAGCGGAGACUACGCGCCGCCUGGUAAGUACAAGUUUGUCGUGUACGAGCUGCACCUCUACGGCGACGAGACGAAGCUGGAGGACUGGGACGUGGCCGAGUCUCAGGCAUUCAAGAUCCGCUACAAGGACUGA